GCGGAGCGUUCUGGAAGCUCAGCGGUUGCCAUGGAGAUUUCGGGCGAGUAUAUUGCGCUGGGUGGACAGCCGCGGCAGCUGCGGGUCCCCUGCGAGGCGCUGGGCAACGCCGACCCUUUCCAGGGCCUAUUGUCGGGCGUGGCCCGCAUGAGGGAGUUGGUGGCGGAGCUCCUGGACCCCCAGGUACAGCGGGAAGCGCAGGACGGGGCGGCGGCGGCUCCAGACGAGGCCUUGAACGGUGAUGAUGAAGAUGAUGAGGAAGAUGAAAAUAACAUUGAUAACAGAACUAACUCAGAUGGACCAUCUGCAAAACGGCCAAAACCACCAUGUUAACAGUAGCCUUUAUGAAAUCUAAGACUGUGACUAUGCCCUCUUCUGCAGCCCAUAUGCUAAAAUUGGAAUGACACCGAGAAGAUUAGGAUGCCCCCGCGCAAGGAUGACGUGCAAAUUUGGGAAGCGUUCAAAAAAAAAAAGACUGCAACCAUAUCUUAGUUAUCACACACUGACGUUUAAGGAAGACUUCUGCUCUACUUUGGAGAAGCAUUUGUUUUGUUCCCCUGGGACAGUUCUGUCAAAGAAAAAAACCUCUGUUUCCAACAAAGAAAGAUGUAAUAAAUGUUUAUAAAUGAAUCUGUUUUCUUGAGUGAGAAAUUUCAGACCAUGGAAAUAAAGAACAGAACACUUAAUAAUA